UGCUGGUAUAUCAGUGUCAUAUAAAGGAAUCAACAGGAAAGGAGAGAGUGAAUGUGUGUUUGGAUGCAAUGACAAAUCCUGGAGUCUGAUCUGCUCUGAUAACAGAUUCUCUGUCCGUCACAAUUAUAACAGAAAUGUUAUUCCUGCUGACCCUUCAUCCUGUAAGAGAGCAGGAGUGUAUGUGGACGUGUCGGCCGGCUCUCUGUCCUUCUACAGUGUCUCUGACACACACACACUCACACACUUACACACACUCAACACCACAUUCACUGAACCCCUCUGUGCUGGAUUUAGGGUUUAUUAUGGCUCCUCAGUGUCUCUGUGUGAUAUUAACGAGCCUCCUGGAAUCAUCAGAGAUGCACACGCCGCCGGAUAUCAGCCUCUGCUGAAGUGUCAGUCUUGUGCUCAUAUCGCUGAUCCAGAUCAGUGGGAUCAGAUUGAGCCGUCGCUCUGCACAGAUGAAGGAGGGUCAAAGUUCAGGGUCAGCACUGGACCAGGCCGUUACGAGUGUGUCAGCACCAGGAUGAGAUGGGUCUGUGAUUGUGACGUCACUCUUCAGUAUCACACCGUAGACGGACGGUUCCUCAACACAGAACUGAAGAGGCUGCAGUGCAACCGAAUCGCUCCAGUGAUGGACGUGACGGUGAUCUCAGGGAAACUGGAGGAAGUUCAUCUGCCACAUUACAUCUGUUUAGGAGAGUCUGGAGCUUCCCUCAGAGAUGCUGUGAAAGUCCUCAGCAUAGAAGAUGAGGGAAUAACCACAGAACCAGUGCAGCUGACACGAUUCCAUGCUAAGAUUGUCCAACCAUCCUUCUCUCUCAAAACAUUAAUUAUAAGAUGGAUAAUGCAAUGGAACGAACACUGUGAUCUUCUUCUCUACAUGCGCUCUAAAGAUCCUCUCAUUCUACAUGUCUACUUUUUUCCAGUUGAUGAUUGUGCGAAAGAAAAAGUUGAGAAGAAGGAAGAGUCAAAUGUUUUGAUACCACACCCCAGACCUGACAGACCGUUUCGGAUGAAGUCUCCACACAGUCUUGAUGUUCCUGGUGCCUCUGUCCAUCCCAAAGAAGGGAUCACACUCAGAAGAGAAACUGACCCAAACUUCUUCAAGAUCAUGAUCAAGACACGUCUGGAGAACAAUCUUCAGAUGAGUCUUAUCAGAGAGGAGGACAAGAAGAUUGUCUGGACUGCAGCACUUGAGAAAGAGGAGCUUGAUCAGAAUCAUCCACAGAGAGACGGGUCGCGUCUGAAGAGUGAGGCAGAUAAAGCAAGAUAUUUUGAUGACCACUGGUCAGAUCUCAUUCAGAGAGUUACAAAUGUCCAGAUCAUUGCAGAUAAACUGCGUCAGCAGGAAAUAAUUCAUGAGGAACAAUAUUCAGAAAUCAUACAGAGUUUAACCCGUCAGGACGGCAUGAGAACGAUCUGUGUCAUUAUACGUAAACACGGCGAUGCUGUGAAAGCUAAACUCAUCUCAGUUCUUCAGGAAGAGAAGCUUUACCACUUUUGAACAUCGGUCUGAUUCUACAUUUAGAGCUCAAGGAGCAGAACAGCAACCUCAGACCGAAGGCUCGUCCUCUAGAUGAUACGAGAAGAAAAGUGGCUUAUCAAAAUAUACUUGAUCAGCAAUGAGGUCUUUCAAAAUAUUAAGUGAUAGAAACAUUACAAAUACAUCUCAGGUUUUGUAUGUCUAAGAUAAUGGCAGGUAAAUCUUCAAAGCAAAUUUAGAGCAAGAUUUAUAUUUAUAUUUGUCUAAAUGUGUAUUUCAUGCUUGUAUGUGGUUUUAUACAUCAGAAAUUCACCAACAUUUUGCGAUAUUUCAGGCUUUUUUCAGUUUUAGUUUAGUUGUCAUACAAUACCAACAAACUAAAUAAUGAAAUGAAAAUGAGGAAUGUUGCCUUGGUAACUAGCUGAAAUAAGUUUAAAAGUUUUAUAUUUUUUUUUCAUUUAACACAUUUUAUUUCAUGUAACAAAAAUGUUUAAUGGUUUCAGUUUUAGUCUUAGUUAACUAUAACAACCCUGACUAAUUAAUGUCUAAUUCAGUCUUAUAAAGGGUCUUUUUGUAAACUAUUCUUUGUUGUUUUGGGGGAACAAAGUUUUGGAUAUUUGACUGAUAUUUCACACAUACUGUAUUAUUUCUCAGAACCAAACUUCCUAUCACAGCUAUGCAGACGACACUCAGAUUUAUCCGAGCUGUAUCUCUCACUGUUAAAACUGUUACUUAGAUCUAACUUUAAGAAAACAUUUUCCAACUACUUUUUGCAAGUUUAUUGAACUGAUAUUUUGAGUAAGGACAACUUAAUAAUAUGGAUUUUAAUGAAUGCGAAAAUAUUAAGUAGCAUUUUAAGAAAAAGCCAAUAAAUUAAGUACAAUCAAUGUAAAAAAAUAUCAGCAUAUUAUACACAGACUUAAUUAAAAUAGGUAACAUUUAAAU